GGGCGCGGUGCCGAGGCCCGGAACAGGCAAGGGAGGGGGGGAGCGGAUGCUACCACCUCCGCCCUCAGCAUGGACAGGACCGCCGUGGCCAAGAUGGGAGCGGUGGCUAGCGCCAGCGUAUGUGUCCUGCUGGGCGGGGUGGUGCUGGCGCAGUACAUCUUCACCGUCAAGAAGCGGACGGGCAGGAAGACGAAGAUCAUCGAGAUGCCUGUAUGCAAGCCCUGCGUCUCUGGACUCUGUUUGCCACCUGUGCUGUUGCGGUAGGACAAAAUCAAGGACAGAAGAAUCAAGAGUGCCCUAAGCUCAACGCACAGAUGCCAGAGUUUCAGAAAAAGACUGUACAUAUCAAGGACCCUGGACGAGUAGAGGAAAUUAUCUGUGGCCUCAUCAAAGGUGGAGCUGCCAAACUUCAGAUAAUUACAGACUUUGAUAUGACUUUAAGUAGAUUUUCCUACAAUGGAAAAAGAUGCCCAACAUGUCAUAAUAUUAUUGACAACUGUAAACUCAUCACAGAGGAAUGUCGGAAAAAGUUAUUGCAACUGAAAGAAACAUACUAUGCUAUUGAAAUUGACCCUAAUCUUUCCAUUGAAGAAAAGUAUCCUUAUAUGGUGGAAUGGUACAAUAAAUCUCAUACUUUGCUCAUUGAACAAGGCUUACAAAAGGAUAAGUUUGCAGCAAUCGUGAGGGAAUCUGAUGUUAUGCUGAAGGAAGGAUAUGAGAACUUUUUUGAUAAGCUAAAUGAACAUAAUAUUCCUGUAUUCAUAUUUUCUGCUGGGAUUGGAGACAUUCUGGAAGAAGUCAUCCAUCAAGCUGGUGUUUACCAUUCUAAUGUCAAAGUAGUUUCUAACUUCAUGGAUUUCGAUGAGAACGGUGUAUUAAAAGGAUUCAAAGGAGAAUUGAUUCAUGUUUACAACAAACAUGAUGGUGCCUUGAAGAAUACAGAGUACUUCAAACAGUUAAAGGACAAUAGCAACAUCAUAUUGCUGGGGGAUUCCCAAGGAGACUUGAGUAUGGCUGACGGAGUAGCAAAUGUUGAACACAUUCUUAAGAUUGGCUAUCUAAAUGAUAAAGUUGAUGAACUUCUGGAAAAAUACAUGGACUCUUAUGAUAUUGUUUUGGUGAAAGAUGAAUCAUUGGAUGUGGCCAACUCCAUCCUACAGAAAAUUCUGUAAACUGCGUCAAGUCACUCCGCUCUAAAUAGGACAGCUGGAUAGAAAAGAGCACCUGUUGUUUUAGACGUGCACACAUUAUACUGUUUUCUGGACUGCUGUAACUUAAAAGUUUUCUUCGUCGUUUAUAGUUGAACUAAUAUACAGUGUCCAUUGUCAAUGAGAAGCUCCUUUACUACUCCAUGCGACCACACACUCUUUAAUAGCUAAGGGUUAACCUUUUCUGGACAUGAUGAACUAUACUACCUAGAGGAUGUUGCAAUUUAUUUUCGAUGAAUUAUGCAAAUGAGAUGUGUUUUCAAAACAGAAAUCCUGUGAAAAUCUAAGCACCCUGUGAGUACCUAAAUAGCAAGCAUGGAUUCACAUUGCCUUUCCCACUUCUGCCCUGUCUCUUGGCGUAUGAGACAGUUAUGCUCCAUCACAGUUGCACUAAUGUUCACAGUAUAGUUUUCAUAAUAGAUAUUUUCUCGUGGUAAAUAUGAUAGUCCAGAUACAAUAAGAUACCAUAAACAGAGUUUUCUCUCAUGUUAAAAGUAUUCUAUACUUUUUUGUUUAUCCUCUGUAUGUUGAAUGGGAGAAUUAUACUUUGAUGUAAUCAAUA